CAGACUCGGUUCCGGCGCCCCCGAGCACCACCACGGCUCCCACCUGCCCCGCCGAGCGCCACAGCGGAGAGGACCCGGGCGGCGAAGUGAGGCAGCGGAGCGCCAGCAGGCCGGACGCCGGCAGCAGGCGGCCGGGGGACGGGUAAAAAAAAAUAAAGCCCGAACGUCGCUUCAUUUUGCGGGGUGUUGUCUGAGCGAGUGUUGGACGGGGUGGUGGGGACCAGGGUGGUAAAUCGUGCUGGUGGCUCCGGGGGGUGGAAAAAAAGCGAACCUUUUUGACGGCUAUAGCGACGUCAGGAUGGGCGAUAUCGCAGGCGCGCAUGCACGGAGCUGCCAGCCAAAGACAUCUUCAUCCUGUUUUUGCUCCUCAUAACCAUCAUCAUCAUUCCCAUCGCCAUGCUGGAGGGCCAUUCUGUGUGACCACGAAGAAGCAAGCAAAUAACUUCUCCAUCCAACUCUCCCUCCAGUGCACCCCGUCCCAAAUCCGCCUCCCCAAUGGCGUCCAAACUGAACCCCUACGUCCUGCAUGUGGCCGAGCCGGGCGAGUCUGUCCAAGCAGACGAGAGAACCCCUCUGUCGGGCGAGGCGGGAGACGAGUCUUCCGACAGCGACGGCGAGCAAGAGGAGACGUCGCACAAGCUGAUCCGCAAAGUCUCCACUUCAGGCCAGAUCCGCGCCAAGAAAAGUGUCAAGGAGGGAAUCCUGUUGAAGCAGACCAGCUCCUUCCAAAGGUGGAAAAGGCGCUACUUCAAACUCCGAGGGAGGACGCUCUACUACGCCAAGGACUGCAAGUCUCUUAUAUUUGACGAGGUGGACUUGUCAGACGCCAGCGUAGCUGAGACCAGCACCAAGAACAUCAACAACAGUUUCACCGUCAUUACUCCUUUUCGCAAACUGAUGCUAUGUGCCGAGAACAGGAAAGAAAUGGAAGACUGGAUUGGGGCCCUCAAGUCUGUCCAGAAGUGGGAAAUCUAUGAGGCCAGCCAGUUCAACAUGGAGCAUUUUUCAGGGAUGCACAACUGGUACGCCUGCUCGCACGCACGCCCCACAUUCUGCAAUGUCUGCAGGGAGGCUCUACCCGGCGUCACUUCCCAUGGCCUGUCCUGUGAAGUAUGCAAGUUUAAAGCUCACAAGCGAUGCGCAGUUCGCUCCACCAAUAACUGCAAGUGGACCACACUGGCCUCCAUUGGGAAUGACAUCAUAGAAGAUGAGGACGGGGUGUCCAUGCCCCACCAGUGGCUGGAGGGUAACUUGCCUGUCAGCGCCAGGUGCGUGGUGUGCGACAAGAACUGCGGCAGCGUGAGGCGACUACAGGACUGGCGCUGCCUCUGGUGCAAGGCCAUUGUCCACAGCAGCUGUAAAGAACAAAUGGCCAAAGUGUGCCCCCUGGGUCAGUGUAGAGUGUCCAUCAUCCCUCCCACUGCACUUAACAGCAUCGACUCUGACGGCUUCUGGAAAGCAACCUCAGCAUCCUGCACGAGUCCACUUCUGGUACUGGUCAAUUCCAAGAGUGGGGACAACCAGGGUGUCAAGUUCCUGCGCAAGUUCAAACAACUCCUCAACCCAGCGCAAGUCUUCGACCUCAUGAACGGGGGGCCCGAACUCGGCUUGCGCAUCUUUCAGAAGUUUGUGACGUUCCGCAUCCUGGUGUGCGGGGGAGACGGCAGCGUGGGCUGGGUGCUCUCUGAACUUGAUAAACUGAACCUUCACAAACAGUGCCAGCUGGGCGUGCUGCCGUUGGGCACCGGUAACGACCUGGCCCGAGUCCUGGGCUGGGGGGGUCUCUGUGAUGACGACGCUCAGCUUCUGCAGAUCUUGGAGAAGCUGGAGAGGGCUACCACCAAAAUGCUGGACCGGUGGAGCGUGAUGACAUACGAGGUCCCCGCCACCGCUAAACACAUGUCAUUAGUUAGGGAAGACAUCCCCCUCGAUUCCCCACUGCAGCAUGUUUUUUAUCCUCAGGUUCACAUCACUCAGUAUGCAGACUCUGUGGCGUCUCACCUGGCCAAGAUCCUGGACUCAGACAAACACAGCGACGUCAUUUCCUCCGCCAAGUUCCUGUGUGGGACGGUCAACGAGUUUGUGGCAGAGGUGGGCAAAGCGUACGAGAGGGCCACAGAGAACAAGGAAGAGGCGGACGCUAUGGCAAAAAAGUGUGCAUUGCUGAAUGAGAAGCUGGAUUCUCUGGUGAAAGCCUUAAGUGAGGAAGCGGAUGCUCAGGUAAUUAAGGGAGCCCUAACCUACGUCAACGGUAAAAAACAACCCUCACCUGUCAUCUUCUAUUGCUUUCAGGUAGUUCCGGCAGGUUCCUUGCCCAGCCAGGAGGAUGGCGGCUCAGGACCCGAUAAAAAUGGCAGCGACACAGGCUCCAAUUGUCAAACGUACCGCUCCAGGGAGCAGCUGAUGCUACGGGCCAACAGCCUGAAAAAGGCAUUGAGGCAGAUCAUCGAACAAGCAGAGAAAGUGGUGGACGAGCAGACCCGACACACUCACUUGUAUCGGAUUCCUUCCUCAUCCUCCAUUAAAAGGGAAAACAGCGAGGAACAGAAGGAUACAGAGAGGCGGCGUUUAACUGCAAGCCCUUCCUCACCCGUCGCCCUGGACAAACAAGAGAGCCUCAACGCGGUCAUCUUCAACGAAGACUCUGUACAAUGCUGGGAGAAGUGUGUCAUGAACAACUACUUUGGCAUUGGUCUGGACGCAAAGAUCUCACUGGAGUUCAACAACAAGAGGGACGAGCAUCCCAAAAAGUGCAGCAGUCGAACAAAGAACAUGAUGUGGUACGGAGUGCUGGGGACGAAAGAGCUUGUCCAGAAGACCUACAAAAACCUGGAGCAGAGGGUUCAGCUUGAGUGUGAUGGCGUGUCCAUGUCUCUGCCAAGUCUACAGGGACUGGCUGUGCUCAACAUUCCCAGCUAUGCAGGCGGCAUUAACUUCUGGGGCGGCACCAAGGAAGACAAUAACUUUGGUGCACCGUCUUUUGACGACAAGAAGCUGGAAGUGGUGGCCGUGUUUGGCAGCAUGCAGAUGGCCAUGUCCAGAGUCAUCAACUUGCAGCACCACCGCAUCGCCCAGUGCCGCCAAGUGAAAAUUACCAUCCUGGGGGAGGAAGGCGUCCCUGUGCAGGUGGAUGGCGAAGCCUGGAUCCAGCCACCGGGGGUCGUCAAAAUCCUGCAUAAGAAUCGAGCGCAGAUGCUGACCAGAGACAGGGCGUUCGAGAGCACACUCAAGUCCUGGGAGGACAAGAUGAAGACCGACAUUGCUAACCCCAGGCCCCGCCUUGACUCCCAGCAGUCCAUGGAGUACCUGACGGAGGAGGAGUGUGCUCAGGUGCAACAGCUGGGCAUCGUGGCCGGCACGCUCAUUAACAAGAUCCGGGAGGCCGCCAAGACCCACAAGGUGGUGGAGCAGGAGUUGGCACACCCGGUCAAUGCUAGCGCGGUGGUACUAACCGAGGCCAAGCUGUCCAGUCCUGAGUGUCUGAGUCGCAGCACAGCAGUAGAAAUCGUCAACAGCAGCAAAGUUCUGCAGGCAGAGACCACCAUGCUCCUGGAUGGAAAACAUCUGUCCGAGUCCCCCGAGGAAGAGGAGCUCCGUGUGACCCUGAACAGUUUGAGUGGCGAGCUCCAUAAGCUAGAAGACAUCCACUGGAUCUGUCCACUGAUGAACUGCACUGAGGAGGAGUCAGUCCGUCCAUGCAGCAGCAGUAAGAGCAGCAUGAAGCUGAAGAUCCUGCCCAGGGGGAAGAAGGAGAAGGAGAUGCUCUACAAGCAGAAGUCCAACAGCUCUCUCUCAGGAACGUGGGACAUCAAAAUUCCUGAAGCAGAAUUGUCGGGCAACUGAGGGAGAUCUUUUCCAUCACCUUGGCAACCAGAGGUGAAGAGAUGCCCUCGGCCCCGCCCUGUCGUUAUCCUCCCUGCUGCGACCAGGUGGGCUGACAGAGGUGGGACCAUCGUUGUUUUACUUCCUGUUGUUUUUGUUUUUCAAAGGAGCCUCGCUUGCAUUGCUGUGGUGAAAGAACUUCUAGUUAAGUGAGGUUUUUUUUUUUUUGGUUUGUUCCAAACUUGAGUGUUUACACGGUGCUCUCCUUGCAUGCCGAGCACAGCCAUCUUUGUUUUGGACCUCUCGAGUCCAACGUCGGAAAGCGAAAGCAGCCUUCGGACUCUGGUGGGACUCGGUUCUCGUUGCUACUGCCAAUGCAACCUCAGACUUGCAGAAUAUCUUAAAUGUUGCAAAAAAGAAGUAACAUACUGAAUGUAUUUGUGUGUUGAUCUGUGAAUUGUUGAAAUAAUAAUAUAAUUAACGAUCAUUUACACAUGCAACAUGAAGGUGUGAUGGUUCUAAAGUGGUUCUUAGUAUGUCGUGGCCUCCGACAGGUACUCAAGAGGUCAUCUGUGGCCAUUCAGGACACGCUAACAAACUACUGAAUGUAGAUGUGAUGCACGAAUGUGAGAUUUUUUUUUUUUAAUUUUUAUGCUUUGCCAACGCUUCUUACAAUCUCUAGUGGCUUUGCAGCUUCCCCUUUGCCUUUUAAAGACUACGAUUAGACUAAAUAAUGGAUAGAAAUAGGCCAAACAUGACGACGAUCACGCCAAUAUAUGAGCGUCGCAGUAGAUGUUUAUGGUCAGGGCUGCAUCAUAUUGACCCCAAUAUAAGACCACCCCUCUUUGUCAAGUCCUGUUUUACUUUUGAACCUGUUUACCAGGCACCUGCUGGUUUGCAUGAAUCAUCUCAAGAAAACCUGCCUUUUCAGACUAUAUAAGCCAAAACCGUCUUAGAUUCGGGUUAUUUGUCAUCAGAAGAAAAAAAAAAGUGUGUUCAGUUAUUUGCUCUCGUUAAGAUUUAGACAAUACUAGCCUUUACUGUAGUGACGCUACACUGCCAUAUUAUUACGAGCCUUUAAAAAGUCGACGUCGUCGUUAUCUCUUUGUUCGUUUUUCUAUGCUGACUUCCAGCCCUUUUGGUUAGACUGCAUCCAUUGUGUCCCACUUUCUCACCUUGGAGGCUUUAGUGGUGCUUGUGCCAAGCAGAGCGACACAUUCCAGGUGUGUGUGUGUGUGUGUGUGUGUGUGUGUGUGUGUGUGUGUGUGUGUGUGUGUGCGCGUGAGUUGUACAUUUCAAAGUUUACUGUAUCUUUGCCUUGCACUUUACCAACAAAGAGGGGAAAUAUGCGCAUGUGUGUGUGUGUGUGUGUGUGUGUGUGUGUGUGUGUGUGCGCGUGUUUACAAACGUGUGUACAAUUAGGUGAAGACUAAUAUUUAUGGCAAAAAUGCUAACUGUAUCCACAUGAUGACAUCAGUGGCUGUGUAGUUACUCCUCCAUGUGACCACGGUAACCAUGCGAAGCUUUACGCCAAAGCUGAAGAACAUGUUGUCAGGACUUAAGGAAAUCACUGAUGAUGUUAAACUGUUUGAAUUGUUAUUAUCAACUUGUUCUGAACAAAUGAUUGCAACUUGUGUGUGUUGAUUUUUUUUUUCAACCGAAGCUCAUAUAUAUAUAUAUUUAAUUUUUCUUUUUUAACAAGAUUGUUUUAAUUUAUGUUAAUGAGAUUUAGAAAGGAUUUGGCCACGCUCCAUGUUUGCACGACUGUGUGCGUUGCCCGUUGUUCUAUAUUGUGCUGUUGUCUGCAGCGUGAAACAAAAGACGACAAGCUUUGGAGAUUAAAAGAAUUCAAUGGUGUGUGAAA